UCCCUUCCUGCGGUCGUCAUGUCUAAGUCAGAGUCUCCCAAAGAGCCUGAACAGCUGCGGAAGCUCUUCAUCGGAGGUUUGAGCUUUGAAACAACAGAUGAGAGUCUGAGGAGCCAUUCUGAGCAAUGAGGAAUGCUCACAGACUGUGUGGUGAUGAGAGACCCAAACACCAAGCGCUCCAGAAGCUUUGGGUUUGUCACCUGUGCCACUGUGGAGGAGGUGGAUGCAGCCAUGAAGGCAAGGCCACGCAAGGUGGAUGGAAGAGUUGUAGAACCAAAGAGGGCUGUCUCAAGGGAAGAUCCUCAAAGACCUGGAGCCCACUUAACUGUGAAAAAGAUUUUUGGUGGUGGUAUUAAAGAAGACACUGAAGAACAUCACCUAAGAGAUUAUUUUGAACAGUAUGGGAAAAUUGAAGUGAUUGAAAUCAUGACUGACCGAGGCAGUGGCAAGAAGAGAGGCUUUGCUUUUGUAACCUUUGAUGACCAUGACUCUGUAGACAAGACUGUCAUUCAGAAUUACCAUCCUGUGAAUGGUCACAACUGUGAAGUAAGGAAAGCCCUAUCUAAGCAAGAGAUGGCCAGUGCUUCAUCCAGUCAAAGAGGUCAAAGUGGUUCUGGAAACAUCAGUGGUGGUCAAGGAGGUGGUUUUGGUGGGAAUGACAACUUUGGUCGUGGAGGAAACUUCAGUGGUCGAGGUGGCUUUGGUGGCAGGUGUGGCAGUGGAGGAUAUGGUGGCAGUGGGGAUGGCUAUAAUGGAUUUGGUAAUGAUGGAAGCAAUUUUGGAGGUGGUGGAAGCUACAACGAUUUUGGCAAUCUUAACAAUCAGUUCUCAAAUUUUGGACCCAUGAAAGGAGGAAACUUUGGAGGCAGAAGCUCUGGCCCCUAUGGGGGUGGAGUCCAAUACUUUGCCAAACCAUGAAACUAAGGUGGCUGUGGCAGUUCCAGCAGCAGCAGUAGCUAUGGCAGAAGGUUUUAAUCACUUCCAGAAAACAAAGCUUAGCAGGAGAGGAGAGCCAGAG